AUGAAAAUCAGUGGAGGCACCCAGAAGGCUGCGGAGCGCGCUGCUGCUGAGGAACGCCGGGCUAGGCGUUUGGAGCAACUGCAGGCUCGUGGAUAUACGGCUGCAGCAAUCGUGCUGGUGGGCUUUGGCGAUGUGACCCAUGGACACGCUCGCCUGGCGGCGGCUGAGGUCAACCGCGCCACCUCACUGGCCCAGCUACAGCGCCGUGUCGCCGCGACCAGUCAGCGGCGAGAAGACGCGGCGGAGCGGGCGGCAGCGGCGGCUGCGGAGCGCGCCAGUGUCGCGGCCGAGCGCCUGGAGGCUGAGCUCGCGGCGGCUGAGAGCCGGCGAGAAGCCCUGCGCGGCGCUGAGUUGGAGCGGCUGCGGGCUGAGCACGAGCUGGUGCUGAGCAGACUGGUCAGCAGUCAGGAGCGGGCGGCGGCGGGUGCGGAGCAGCAGCGCAGUCGUCUGGAGGCUCGGCUUCGGAGCGCCGCCAGCGAGCGAGAGGCCCGGCUAGCCAGGAGGGCCGCUCGGGCGGGUAGCAAGGUGGAGCGAGCCCGCGCGCGGGGUGCGCAGACCCGGGAGAUGCAGCAGCAGGAGAUCGAGUCGCGGCGGCAGGCGCUAGAGCAGAAGCUGGAGACGGCUCGCAGGCGGCGACAGGACCUACGGCCGCUGCCUGCCGCCGCGUCUUUGCAAUCGAAGAGCCCCUCUCCGUCGCUGCCCUCGUCGCCGAUCCGUAGCCCGCAGCGGUCGCGGGCUGCCGCUGGCGGCGGCGGUGACGCGGCCCCACGUGACCUGGUUGUUGCCGUACCGUCUGAAAGUCACAGCGACGACGGGGGUAGCAGCGACGAUGCUACUGCCACUGCAGCCAUAAUGGCCACGUCAGAAACAGACAUACUGGAGGCGAUGGUGGCGGACAUCUCGACGGCGGCUUCGGAGGGCAGCGGCGGCGCUGCCGCCGUCGCAGCAGACUCAUCAGAUGAUAGCGGCGGCGCCACCGCCGCCGCCGCCGCAGCAGCGGAGGCGGAGGCGGAGGCGGAAGCGGAGGUGUCUAGUCGUCUUGAGGGCCUCCGUCGAUCCAUAAGCAGCCGACGGUUGCAGCAGGUCUGGCGCGAGUUCGUACAAUCCAAACGCACGACCCGUACGCUGGCGGAGGCUUUUGUUGCUCAGGGCAUCACUAAUGUACGGCUGCCGGCGGCGCCAAUGCCGUCGGAGGCUGCGAUGGCGGCGGAGGACGCCGCGGCGCGUGCUGCCGGCGCCGUCGACGUGCCUCGUCGGCCGGGACCGGCGCCGGGGCCAGCUGCGGUGAAUACGGCGGCGGUGGUUAUCGGUCUGGGCAGUCCCAGCCCCAGGGGCUCCGCCGCCGCUGCCGCCAUGGCGCGCAUGGAGCCACAGGGCCACUCGCAAGGCGACGAGGGCGGUGACGGCUUCGACCGCUUCGCAUCGGCGCUUCGGUCGCCAACAACGCUCAAGGCAACGCAGGCUCUCAUGCGGCGGCUGGAGCAACGCCUGGAGGCUCGCCUAGCAGUGCCGUCGUCAUUGAGCGGUUCCAAAAGCCAACACAGCAACCAGGGCCCUAGCCAGGUGCAGUGUUCGAGUCCGGAUGGGAGCACGAGCCAGAGCCCUGCCGCUACCAGCGUCAGUCGCUUGCUGCGGCUCCUGUACCCGACCGCCCCGCGUAACGCCACCCUGGAGCGAUAUCCGCCGCGGGUGCUGCUUUGCGCCUUCAUGAUUGUACGGCAUCCGGAGGUGGUGUUCUCGGGGUCAGGCCCCCGAGAGGUCGCACUGGCCGCCGCCGCGCGAGACCUGGUGGACAGAUUUGAGACUCUCCUGGAGCGGAUUAUUUUUGCGCCGGCGGAGGUGCCGCCGGCGGCGGCGGCGGCGGCGGCGGCGCCGGAACCUGCGGGUCCGCUGCCGUGGUCAUCCCCCCCUACCUACGUGGCCGCGUCGCCUGUCGCCCGGGGAAUGGAGGAGCUGAUCCGGCGGCAGAGAGCGACAGCGGCGGCGGCGGUGCUGGGCGGCGGCGGCAGCUUUGGCCUGCUGCCGCCGACAUCGCCCUCCGGGUCAUCGUCGCCGUACAUGACCAUAGGCUCCCUGAUGGUUCAGUUUGAUGACGCCUGGCUGCGCUACCUGGACCAGUUCGUGGCGUGGAAGGGCGCGGAUGCGGCCUCUUUGGAGUCUGAGUUGGUCCGCUGUUCCGCCGCGCUGGAGAGCUCCAUGCUCCGGAAGUGCCGGGGGAACCCCUUCUCGGACAGAGUGCGGAGGAGCAGCGACCUGCAGGCCGUCAUAGCCCAGGUGGCUCACGACCAGUCGCUGCUGAGGGAACGUAUCGCGAAACUUGGGGGAGAGGCGGGGCUGGGACGACUGCAGGCUGCUCUGGAGGCUGCUCGACAGGCAGUGGCGGCGGAGCUCGCUGAGAGGGGUGCGGGUGGGGCGGGUAGCGGCUCGGGGACCCCCUCGGAGGCGGACACCACGGACGCCGAGUCACCCUCCGCCAGCUUCGCCGUGCGCUUCAUCAUCUUCCCUGCAGCGGUCUCCCCUUUCCUCGCCCGGCCCCACCUGGCGCGUCGGACGUGCUUGACGGAAAUAGACCCGGCCACGCCGGCGCCGCUAUCUCUGGACACGCCGCCAGUGGCGGCGCCGUCGCCCGCCGCCGCCGUGGUCCCCGCCGCCGCCAGUGCGCCCAUUCCCGCCCCGCCCCGCCCCCUCCGCCCCCGGGGCGAGCUCAACUGGCCGGGCUAUGUGGAUACGGACACCACCCCGCAUUUUGGGGAUGGGGGAGGAGCGAGUGGGAGCGGGGUUGGGGGUGCAGGAGGCGGGAACAGCACCGUUGCCAACAGCGACAGAGGCGGAGGAGGCGGAGGAGGUGGUGGUGGUGCUGCUGUGGCGCCCUCGCCUCUGUCCGCCAGUCCCAAGUCCCCCGGCUCGCUGCGGUCCACUCUGUUGGGGCCUGAGGGGGCCGCCGAAGGCAGUGCCGUACACGCCGUAACCCCCCUGGACACGGCACUCAUCAGCAACGCGGCUCUGGUGCACGAGAUGCUGCUGGCCGGAAGUACGGGUUCGUACAGACUGCCGACCGCGGAGGCUGAGGCCUCAUGGAACCGGGCAGUGGCGGCCGUGUCGCUGGACGCGGGUGGCCUGGCAGUGCUACACUCCGAGGCCCCCCUGGAGCCUGGGGAACUGCAGCACAUGAGCCAAGAGCAACUGAUUCGUACACUGAGGAGCAGGACCGCUGCCAUAGCUGAGUGUGCCUUCUGGGACAACGUCAUCGCCACACUGGCGCUGGCGUUACAGCCUCUGCCAGCAGGACUGGCGGCGACCCGUGGGUCGUCCGUGGCUCGAUUGGCUGGGGUGCUUGCUCCGCUUCUGAGUGAGGUGGCGUUCGAUGUGGCUGCCAUCGUGAGCCCUCCCCAACAGGCUUUCGCGUUGCGUGCGGAGUUCAGCGAGUCGGUGAUACGAUCCAAGAUCACGGCAGGAGCAGCAGCCGGUAGCGGCGGCGGUGGCGGCGGCAGCAGCGGCGCCGACGGCGGCGGUGCUGCUGUAGUAGCUGCCGUACAGGGAGCGCUGGGGGUGCUACAGCGUCUGGCUGGGUUGCUGGUUGCGGCGGGGGCGCCUGCGCGGGAGGAAGCGGCGCUUUCCGCCCAGGGACUCAUGCAGCAGCGCCUGGGGGCUGCUUUAACAGAAUUCGCACAGAAACAACAACAGCAACCGUCACAAGACGCUGGGGCCGGCAGUGAUGUCAGUGAAGGUGAAGGUGAAGGUGAGGGCGCUGCCCUGCCGCCGCCGUCCCCCCUGGCGGCGGCUCUGGGUCGUGCCGUUCGUCUGCUGGCUGCCCAAGUGAAGCUGCUUCGGGUUGACGCGGCCAACGGCAGAUUGCAGGCCCUGGCCGCCAGUCUGCACGGGGACGGAGGAGUGUCGUACCUUCGCUCCAAAUUCGCCGCCAUUUUCAGACUGGAAGGUCCCUCCGGCACUGCCACCGCCAUUACCACCACCGCAAACGCAGACGCAGCGGUCGCAGCCACGGGGCCGCCGGCGUCGCCAACCUGCGUUCAGCAACAGCAGCAGCCGCAGGUGCUGGUGCUGGUGCUGGUGCUGGUACAGUCCCUGGUGGAUCCCGCAUCAGGGGCCUUCCGCUCGAUCACCAAUGCACUGGCGGCCGCACUGCUGGCGCACAUAACACUGGGCACACCAACCCCACCAACGACACAACAGACCCAGGGAUCUGUCGCGGGCGCGAGUGGAGGCGGAUUCGGAGGCGGUCCCGCCGCCGCGGUUGCAGCGAUGCUUCUGGGCCGUGUGGGCGCCUCCCAUCUGGCGGCUGAUGUGGCGGCUCUAGGGGCCCAGCUGCUGGCGUUGUGUGCCGUAAAUGAGGCCGUACAUGGCGAGCUGUACGAGGAGAUGUACGGGCAAAUCAUGCAGGGCGGCCGCAACGGGGUGCACCUUCAUUUUUGCCUGCAGGCGGACGAGGAGGAGGCGACUGCUGCCGAGCACCCCCCCCCCCACCACCAGCACCAGCACCAGGAGUCGCGCCCUGAUAACUGA